AUGCAGCAUCAGCCUGUCAACAGCAGUGUCAAAGCUUAUUGGUACCCAAACAUGAAGGGACUGAGCUUGGUUCUCCUUGUGCUUCUCCUGAUGCUCGCGGUUGGGGAGGGCGAGGAUCCAGAGAUGCAGUACUGGACCUGUGGGUAUAGAGGACUCUGCAGACGGUUCUGCUAUGCCCAGGAAUAUAUUAUUGGUCAUCAUGGUUGCCCUCGAAGAUACAGGUGCUGUGCCAUGCGGUCUUAGCACCCUGCUGGUGGUCUGAUGAUGCUCCCAAGAUGCCACAGUGUGACAUAUUCAGCACAGGUAGCUGGGAUCCUGCUAACUCACACGGCAUUCUUCUGGAUGAACCACUUUCUUGGCCUCCUAACAUCGUGUGGAAUCUAAAAGUGAAUGCGUUUGAAGUGGACUUUAUGUAGUUAAACAAAAGCUCAUUUACAGUUGUUGGUGUGGAGCUGCAAGCAUGUUGUCCAUAUUGUUUCCUAAAACUGACCCUGUGUAACUGAUCCUGUACCUCACACUGUUAACAAUAACAGUUCUACUCUCUCUGAAGCUGAACUGUUACUUCUACUCUCUGACAUGCAGUGUUGAAAAUUAAAGCGUGAAAAUAAUUGCA